AUGCUGGCUCUAAGAAGAAGCUCGAGAAUGAUGUGUCGUCAGGGCCUUUUGCGUUUUAACUCGUCCAAGAGCCCUGAUGGAAAGUCCUCCAAUCCCGGCACAUACAUUUCUACGAGCGAAAUUGAUCCUGUGCUGUUGGAUAAACUGUUUAGGAAUAAUAAGCCCCAGACAUCGAUCUUACCUCAACAUGGUUCAUUUGCGCUUCGACAGCAGCUCGCUAACAUUCAGCAGAAGGAUAAGUUCAAGGUCUUGGAUGAGAAUUUGUUGAAGUUGCAGUCGACACCGAUCAACUUCAAUUACUACUUGCGAAAUCUAAAAGAUUUGAAGAAUGCUAAUCAGCUACCAUAUAAAUUUGGUGCAAAUCAACUGGUUUCUAAAGAUUCCGAUGUGAAUGAUUUAUUGCGGAAAGUUGUUUGGGAAUUUAACGCACCAAUAAGGUAUGCCUUUGGGUACGGAUCUAAAGUUUUUGAUCAAGGUUCAACGAAGUCUUCGAAUUCUCAGGUUGACAUGAUAUAUGCAGUUUCUUAUCCUGAUCACUGGCACUCGCUGAACAUCGCUCAAAAUCCCGAUCAUUAUUCCAGCCUGAGACACUUGGGUUCAAGCAUAGUAUCUCAAAUUGGUGAAUUGGGAGCAGGGGUGUAUUUCAAUCCUUUUGUUAAGCUCAAUUUCAAAAGAAGCAAGGUAGACACGAAUUUCGAGCUCAAGUAUGGGGUCACUUCUAUGAACACAUUGAUCAACGAUCUCAUAAACUGGGAUACCAUGUAUCUUAGUGGAAGAUUGCACAAGCCUGUUGCUGUGGUAAGAAACACUCCUAAAAUUUGUCUAUUGAAUCAGUAUAAUCUGACGAAUGCUAUCAAAUUGUCACUGCUCUUGACCAACAAAAAUGAGAUUUCAGAAUACGGACUGUAUCAUCAAAUUGCGGAGCUGAGUUACUUGGGGGAUCCAAGGUUAAAGGCAAGGGGCGAGGAUGUUCGCAAAGUGGACAAAAUUGUUACUAACCAGUUCGAACAAUUCAGAGAAAUGUACCUGCCACUUCUCACAAACUACUUUCCAAAAGUUGUCCAACAAAUUAGUGCUCCAGACAGUGCUGAACAUCGCUUCAAAGUGAACUUGGACUCGCAAAGCAUCGCAGAAAUAAUUGCUGAUUUGCCAAGUACGUUUAGAAAACGUCUAUUGUCCAAGUAUAGCUCCAAAUACGAGUCUAGCCUUGCUUCUGAUUUAUUCGCAAGAAGAAUUAUUGCUCCAAAUCAACUGCUUGCUGACUUGAAGCCGGCAAAACCAGCUGCAGAGCUGUCGUUUUUGGAUCUUCAACAGCUUUCCGAAGAGGCGAGCUUAAAUCAGAUACCAGUGGAGGACUGGAAUUAUCUCCCCAACACAUACAAGGUGAAAAACUCGCCAUUUAUUCGAAACGUUGCGAAUGAUGAUUUACUCGUCAAUUCUCUCAAAGACACAGUUAAGGAGACCGUUCUGAGGCCGGCCUUGAUUCAAAGCCUCAAGGGGGUUUUGACGGCCGGAGUGCUCAGAUCGUGGAAAUAUGCCGCGGAGAAGAGGAGAAAAUUCAAUCAGAGUAUAAAUAAUUGA